CGUUAAAGUCGUAUACCGAAUUACACUACAAUGAUCCUACUUCACUCUGGUCAGUGUCGGUAAGGGUGGAACGCAUUGUGUACGCCGUAGGACACGAAGCAACAAACAACGCAAACAAGUGGCAACAAAGAAACAUGUUUCUGCCUCAAAUAAAUGCUACACGCUUACUAGCAAAGAGUGUAUUUUGGGCUCCGUUUCAGCAGCUCGAAAUGGCUCGGAGAACGUUUCGGUGCAAGGAUCUUCUUAUUAAACUAUACUCUACAAACGCUGCCAGUAACACCUCCGACCCACUUACGCAGCAAACAACAAAAACAUUGACGUGGCCAGAGUUUUUUAAACUAAGAAAAAGACGUCGUCGUAUCGAGUCGCUGACAUCGAUCCCCACGGCCCUUGCUGGCCUCGGUUUGGGUGGAGCAUUCUUCUUUACACGAUCCUUUGAUGCAACCGCAACAUGGAUGGGUGCCGACCUCGCUGUGUGGUACGUUUUGGGCGAUCUUGUUUGUGGAGGUGUGGGUUGGCUAUUGGGUCCAGCUUUAGGUCGCCGAGUCUGGAGUGCUAUGCAUCGCGAACUGGCCGCCCAAAUGCUAGAGAAGGAACGGCUUUUCUUCCACCAUGUACAGAAAAGCCGAGCUAUCCCCUUAAAGGACAGCUACUCUAAUCCAAUUCCCGACUACUAUGGAGAAAAGAUAUCUUCUCUCCAUGACUACCGCCGCUGGCUGCGUGACCAAAAGGCGUUCAUUCAAAAAGCAUCAUGGGGUACGCGUCGCAACUAAUUAACCGCGUCCUCUGAUACACGAAUAAAUAACACUCAUCGCUUAGUCGU